ACACUCGCUCUCUCUCACGCGCGCUCACACACUCCACCAUGCAUGCGGCUGCGGGCUGAAGGCUGAACACUGGGGAGGCUGCGAGAACCGACCGACGUCCUCCAUGUCAACAUGCCAACCUUCUCAGUCAUGUACAAAGGAGCCGUGAUCAUCAGCAGGACACUGAUGGGGCCGUACGGCGUCGACCGGGCCGUUCACUCCAUGGAGUUCACAGACUGUGAGAACGGACUGGGAAUCAAGGUGAUCGGAGGAGUGAAGGAGCUGACUGGGGAGGAGUUUGGAGUCUACGUCAAGCGGAUUCUACCUGGUGGCCUUGCAUCCAGCGAUGGAAACCUGCUGCCGGGGGACCAGAUCCUGGAGGUGAACGGGGACAGCCUGGUGGGAGUCACCAGUGAAAGGGCGGUGGACAUCUUGAGGGCAGCCUCUGCGACCAAUCACAUGCGCCUUCUGGUGGCCAGAGACGAGGAAGCGAAGAGAGAGUUUGCGGAGCUGCUGGAGAAAUACGGCUCUAACGGCAGCACCGGAUCAACGCGGAACUCUCCCAUCCAGCAAGGAGGCCGCUACCUGGACAGCACGUCGUCGGGGUCCUCGUCCCGCUCGCAGAGCCCCCUGCUGCUGAGUCCAGCGGGCUCCCAGAACGGCUCCAUGCUGCGCUCGCUCAGCCACCCGGGUGAAGGAGUCAUCCAGCUGGUCUCGGUGUCGCGCUCCGGCAGCCUCGGCAUCACCAUCGGAGGAGGCUCCAACCGGCCCGACGGCCCGGCCGUCUUCAUCCAGGAGGUCCUGUCGGGAGGCGACUGCCACCGGGACGGCCGCCUGAGGCCUGGAGAUCAGCUCAUCGCCAUCAACAAGGAGUCGUUGAUAGGUGUGACGCACGAGGAGGCCAAAAGCAUGCUGAACAAGGUGAAGUUCAGCCAGGACAGCGCGGUGGACAUCGCCUUCAUCCCAGGAAAAGGACUCUUCCCCAGCAGCACGUCUCUGCACAACGGAGUCCAGCGAGCUGCCGGGAACAGCUACAACUCAGGACGCCUAAAGGUCCACAUCAGGUCCCCCGAGAUCUGUGCCGAGGAGCCGGCCCCGGUGUCGUCCCCGUCUCCGGACAUCUGUCCUCCAGACAUCCACAUAUCAGGUUCGUCCAGCCAGAGGUCGCCCACAGGGACCAAACCCAAGAUAACCCUGGACCCCUACAUCCGCCUCAAAUCAGACAAGUUAGACCUGGCGCUGUCCUUCCUCGGGCUGGACGUCUCGGAGGACAAGAGGAAGAAGCUGAGACAGAACCUGACCACGGACCCUCAGGGCACGGUGGCCUACGGAGACUUCGUGGAGGCCACCCGGAAGCUGUUCCAGGAGGAGCUGGAGGACCUGGGCCUGGGGGCGGGGCCCUUCGCCUUCUCCUACCACGAAGCAGCCAGCCUGAUGGACACGUCCGCCUUCCACUCGCCUACGUACGACUCAGAGUGCAGCUACAGCAGCGAGGAGAUGGAGCAGUUCCAGACGGAGGUGAAGCAGCUGCACACUCAGAUGAAGCAGCUUAAGGUGAUGCUGAAGGACAUGGAACACAGCAAGAAGACGCUGGAGGAGGAGCUGCAGAAGACCUCGGAGAAGGCCUGCCUGACGGUGGAGGAGAACACCCGCCUGAAGAGCCGGCUGCAGGCGGCCGAGGCCGAGGCGGGGCCGCGGCACGGCAGCAGCGCCGAGCAGGACUACGAGGAGGUGAUCCAGCUCCUGGAGGCCGAGAUCAAGGACCUGAAGAACCAGCUGGCCGGGAAGAGGCCGGCGCGGGGGGCCGAGGCCGCCAAGGAGGAGGUGGUGGAGCUGAACCGGAGGCUGAACUCCAUCGACUGUCAGCUCCGGAAGUCGGAGCUGAGCCGGAAGCACCUGGAGGUGUCCAACAGGAAGCUGCUGGGCUUCGCUCAGAACGUCCACAAAGUGUUGACGACGCCCAGCCUGUUCGGAGGAGAGGGAUGGAGCAACAGGUCGUCUCCAGCCACUGACAGCCCCGACACCCCCUCGCCGCUCCCCGACUCGGCCUUCCAGCUGGCGGUAGAGGCCAAAGAGCUGGUGGAGCGAGCCAACACUGCCGAGGACAAAGCGUCGGACUCCCCGGACACCGGUUCUCCUCACGUGUGAGCCACAAAGAACCGGAG